AUGCCGUCGUUCAGGACGGCAAGUUUUAAGAAGUAUUUGGAGUGUCUCGACUACGUCUGGCGCCACGCCAAGUUCCUACUUGAAUUCUGUGCUGACCACCCGUUUCUUAAGUGGAAAUUCUUCAGGAAGCGAAUGGCACGUGUUGCGGUAGAUGCAAUAGCCAAACGCAUCGUUCCAGUGGUCGGCACGAAGACAUGUGUGGCGUACGGAGACUGGAGUAAGCGCAAUGGUAUCAGAGGUCAUGCAUACAGUCCAGUGAAAGGGUUGAAGCACGCGCUUCAGAAGCGCGCGAUGGUGAUCUCCAUGGACGAGUUCAGAACGAGGAAUCUCUACUCGCAGUGCCACCAGACACUUUCGUCUGUUCAAUAUCUCGUCGACACCAAGCUCAUGAAGCGAAAGAAGCGUCAAGGACGUCCGGAGCCCUUCAAAAGGAAGUAG